AUUUAAGCACCUUAGUUCAAGGUCAGAAGCUUUCUUGCUCCUAUAACCUGCGAUAUGCGAUAUGCGAUCAUAGUCACGUGACCUUCAGUUUUCGCGAUCAGCACUGUCGCGCUUGUUGAAGCUUGGCUGUGCUUUGCGAUGUUCAACAUCAUCAAUCAUCUACAUUCAUUCCCUUCAUCAUGGCGGACUUUGGGGAAUAUCCGCCAAAUAUGGCGCCGCAAGAUGCGCUCAUAGUUCGAGAACAAGCUGAACCUGACCAUGCUGUAGUGCCUUAUUCAGCAGAAGAUCUAUCGCGUCCCAAGGCCGGACCAUUAAACCCAUUCAAGGACGAGAGCAAUGUUUUGAAGCGCAAGAGCGUCCCAACUGGACACGCAGAGGAGACUUUUCUGAGCGAACACACAUUCCGAAGCAAGCAUCGUGCUAUCGAGCGACGAGGUGGCCCUGAACGAGAGUACCAAACGAAUGCAGAGCAAAAGGCAGAGGCUGCUAAGAUACGAGCUGGGCGUGAGAGCAAGGGCAGCGCGACGAUUGCGGAAGGGCCUGGAUCUUACGUUGGACCUUGGGCGCGAUACAAAAAGGCCGAAUACGAGAUUGUUGCAGACGACGAGGAAUUGGCAAGCGAUGAGGAAUAUGAGAUUGUUGAAGAGGAGGAAGAGGUUGUCGAGAGCGGAACAAUUGUCAAGGCACCGACCAAGGCUUUAGAACGACGAAAGGAGGCCGAGGAGAUGGGCGACGAGACGACGACGUUUCACGGAUCCGCCGAAUACGAUUACCAGGGCAGGACUUAUAUGCACGUUCCCCAAGACUUGGACAUCGACCUUCGAAAAGAAGUGGGAAGCGUCACCAACUUUAUUCCCAAGAAGCAGAUUCACUCUUGGAAGAACCAUUCCAAGGCGGUUACUGCGCUACGAUUCUUCCCUUCUUCCGGACACUUGCUCCUAUCAGCCAGCGCCGAUACUACCGUCAAGAUCUUCGACGUGUACCACGAGCGGGAGCUCCUACGAACAUACUCUGGACACUCAAAAGCCAUUUCAGAUAUUUGCUUCAACGCAUCGGGCACUCAGUUCCUGUCUUCUUCUUAUGAUCGCAUGAUCAAGCUCUGGGAUACUGAGAAGGGUGUUUGUGUUAGCAAGUUCACGACUGGCAAGACUCCUCAUGUCAUCAAGUUCAACCCUGACCCUGAGCAUGCGAAUGAGUUCUUAGCUGGUAUGUCGGACAAGAAGAUUGUUCAGUUCGAUAUUCGAACACCGAACGAGGUUGUUCAGGAGUAUGAUCAUCACUUGGCUGCUAUCAACACCAUCACAUUCGUUGAUGAGAACCGACGCUUUAUGACAACUUCUGACGACAAGUCCCUCCGAGCAUGGGACUACAACAUUCCCGUCCCUAUCAAAUACAUCGCUGAGCCAGACAUGUACCCCAUGACCCGUGCAGCUCCCCACCCCAGCGGCAAAUACGUCGCAUAUCAGAGCUCCGAUAACCAGAUUCUCGUCUACGGCGCAAACGACAAGUUCCGACAGAACCGAAAGAAGAGCUACCGCGGCCAUAACAACGCUGGUCUUGGCAUUGAUCUCGACUGCAGUCCUGACGGACAAUUCCUUGCCUCGGGUGACUCUGGUGGUUACGUAUGCUUCUGGGACUGGAAGACGUGUAAGAUGUAUCACAAGUUCAAGGCUGGUAAUCAGGCUGUCACCACUGUCAAGUGGCAUCCUCAAGAGACCAGUAAGGUGGUUACGGCGGGUCUGGAUGGUGAGAUUAGGUAUUGGGAUUAGAGGAUGUAUUAUUGGAUGGAUGGGCGGACUGCAUGGCAUGGCGUUUGGGAUUAGAUGAAAACAGAUACAAUGUCCUACAAUGGGUACUCGAUAAUUCUUUUAACAAGCUAGGAGAGGCAACAAAACUUAGAACCUUUAUCCUAAGUGACAAAAAGACUUAGGAUCUUUGUCAUAAGUGGUAAAAAGACGUAGGUAAGUUUAGUAUAUCCUAGUAGGCAUUUAG